AUGGUUUGGCCCAACACCAAAGGAAAGUUGGUGGCCAAGCAGCCAACCAGCCCAAGAGAAGCCUGCCCUGAGCAGCCAGAACAUGCUUUGGGCACGGAACAAAGCAUCCUGCCAUGUAAGAAGGAAGAGCUACAAUGUGGGAAUGGCUUGUGUCUCCUGAACUGGUUACACUGUCAGUACCGGAAGGACUGUGGCCAAGAGUACACCUCCGUCAAGUUAAUAUGUUCGAAUGUUGCCAGACCUGCUCAUUUUCUCCAACAUUCUCUGUGUUUGCUUCUUUCUGGAUAUAAUGGCCUUAGGGCACAACAAGAAUCACGAUGUCACUGCAAUGGAUCUGAGCAUCCACUGCUUUGGACUGGCCUCAGCAAACAUGAACUGGAUCGAAGUGACAGCCCCGGUGAACGUGACAUUGAUCAGCUGGGGAAUGGGUGCUCUGCCAAUUCCCUGGAAAGAAUAAAAACUGAAGAAUACGCUGCUAGGAUGGAAAGAGCCCCAGAUGGUUUCUCAUUUGGAGGAUCUGUUGGAGAACUGCAAUCAACUUGUGUCGAAGAGUAUCCCCCGACUUUCGAUAUCGACUCCUACAUUGAGACACUGUCCCAAAUCAAUGUGAUGUAUCAGGAUUCGCCCCCACACUACGAGGACUGUGUGGGUCACCGUGCUCCUGAUCUCUACCUCCCAGAGGAAGACCCUCCACCAUACUCCCUGACUGACCCACGCCAGAGGAAUGACUCCACUCACAGGGAGCCCCCUGAGGAUGAGGCCAGAUCCCAGGGACCGGGGGAUCCCCCUCAUGUCCCAAGCCUCCCCUCCGAAUCCCAGCAGAUGGUUAUGUCGAUCUCUUCGAGCUCCGUGCCCCUGGACCAGGCCCCUCCCUACGAGCAGGUGGUCUUUAACAGGCAGGAAGUGGCCCUCCCGCUAAGCCCACCGGGGGAGCUAAAGGACACGCCUGAGGAAUGCAGACCCAUCUCCCGCACCAUCGUGUAAAAUCCAGUCCUUGCGCUGGAGGGAGCGGGUGAAGGAAGGAAGGCGCCAUGCAUGUCCUGCCCACCCCCAAGCCCCAAUUCCCCACAGCGACCCCCUCCCUUCCCCCAACCCCCAACUACCAGCCACCCCAGUGCAAUGGAGAGGGAGGAAAGCUCAGGGAACUGGCAACGAAUGUCGCUUUCACCCCAGACAGGCAGGCACAGCAAGUGGAAGCAACAGGGAAGAUGGCGGAGCUGUGGUAUUCAGUGGAGGCCUGGCUAGUGCUCCUGAGACACAGCUUCAAAUCCCACCUUGGCGGCUACAGGAAUUCAAAUUCAAUGACCAGAAAAUCCUGGAACAGAAACCUAAUCUGUGAUAUUGAUGGCUGCCAUCAAUUUUUUGGUAGAAGCCCAUUUGGAUCACGGAUGUCAUUUUGGGGAAGGAAAUCUGCUGUUCUUACUCGGCCUGGCCUGCACAUGACUUCAGUCCCACAGCAAUGUGAUUGACUAUGCUCUGAAAGGGCUGUGAGAACCACUCAGUUUGAGGGUAAUUAGAGACAGGCAUCGAAUGCUGGCCUGGCCACAAGUGCCCAUAUCCCACAAAGAAGGAGGAGAAUGUCUUUUGAAACCUCUAACACAAGAUAACAUAAACCAGGCCAAAAUGAGGUGCUGCUUGAAUGUUGCAACAUACCGAGCGAAACUUAUCUACGAGAGCGUCAGCUGUGUCCGUUUGUUGAUAGCACUCCUCUGUGAGCUAGCAAUUUGUGGGUUCAAGUCCUACGCAAUAAACUUGAGCACAACAUCCAGGCUGAGACUCCCAGUGCAGUGUGAGAGUGCUGCACGCUCAGAGGUACUGCCAUCUAGUUGGGUUGUUAAACCGAGAUCCCAUCUCAGCUGGACAGGAAAGAUCCCGGAGCAUUAUCUGACAAAGCGAAGGGCAACAUUACCCCCCCGCCCACCACCACCACCACCAAAUUUAAAAUCUCCAAAGAGAAAGGACAAUCUGGUCAUUUACCACAUUGCUGUUUGUGGGAUCUUGCUGUGCACAGAUUGGCUGCCGUUUUGUCUACACUCCAACAAUGAUCGCCCCUCAAGAAAAUACCUCAGUGGCUGAGCUGCGAUUCGGGACAUCCUGAGGUUAUGAAAGGCGCCAAAGAAAUGCAAGUCUUUCACUGAAAGGUCAGUUGUAUACACUCCCUUGUCACAUUGAUGUUUCUGUGACAGCUCCUCCUAAUUCCUCCUUGUGAAGUCCCUGGUGCAGAAUUAAUCAAAUCCACUGUUUGUACCAUGCCUUGUAAUAUGUGCUGUACAUAAAACAGAAUAAAAUACAAUUUGUGC